AUGUGUACCUUCUACCUGCUAUGCGGUCUCAGAUGGCAUCAGAAAAAGUCUCAAAACUUGCAGCUUUUUGACACAAUUUCUCCCAUGUCUCGCCUAGUUGUAUUUGGAUUUGCGCCACAUGGAUAUCCUCACGGUUUAACAGCAGCGCUGCUUUUGGUCAAGCGGCCCAUACACUUCUCCAUCUUGACGCUCCUCGAGUCCGGUCUACUCAUUGCGAUAUGGUGCAGACAGAUCUCGCCCUGGAAAAGUGCAACCAGCAGCGGGUAUCAACUGGCAACCUUUUCAACCUCGAAAAAUGACUGGCGAAAACGACUCCAAGCUGGCAUCGAUGUCGCGCGCAACCCUCGGUUCUUGUUGUCGCCCUAUUUCUUCCUAGGAUGCGCUAUCGUACUGCGAUCGCUGCUCUUUUGGCGCACUAUCCGCACGAUCCACUGCUCUUGGGAGAGCUUCGAGGUUCGUAGACCGAGAGCUGUCGCAAUGCUGAAGAAUUCCCAUGGCCGCGAAGAACUAACACGCCGCGCACAGGUAUUCCUCCCAGCGCUUGUCGUCCUUUACACAACGUUUUCUCCCUCCACCAUACGACUCCAACAACACAAUGGUGACCAAGCUCGAUCUCGACGCUGCUGUAAUGUUGCUCACUUGCGCUACUUCGUCAUCGCCAUCGCUUGGGCCUGCGCCACGAGGGCCACUCUCGCCCUAUCAACACAGUCGGCCGGCGCAAUAUGUCCAGCAGGCUUUCUUCGGUGGGAGAGACAGAUCCCCAUAGCCCAGGUCGUUACUGUCAUUUUGGAUGCGCUGCUGCUGUUUUACCUGUCGAAAUGGCGGCAGGACACUGUGGAAGAUGCACCGCAGGCUUGGGGAUUCGUGUCAAAACUCUUUCUAGGGUCCGCAGGUGUUCUGGCUUUGCUUGCCUGUUUCUCCCUCCAUAACGCUCGAAACACCCGUUGGGCGUUUGGACUUCACUUUGUCGAAAUCAGAGAUCUACUGACGGACAGCACAGUGGCGUCGCUGGGGCUGAUAUUGGGAUUUUAUGUCAUGAGUGACAUGCAUCCUAGCACGUUGGGCAUGAUUGUCACUGCUUCAGGCGUUUAUGCCCAUCAGCUCGUCCGCAUGCUGCAAACCGCGCUACCCAUGGACGGCUCUCUGCCCUACAUGAUAGCUAGUGGUCUUACGAUAGUCGGCGUCGGCCUCCUUUUGCGAUACGAGAAGGAUAUCGCCAGCGCUUCUGGAUCUUCGCCGGGAGAUCCACGGCUCAUUAGGUUUCUCUUGAUGUGGUACGUCGUCCUGGUUGGCGUCCUCUGCGGAACCUACCUUAUCUUUUACCCGGACUUUAACUCCACCGAUACUCUAUCCUUCCCCGAUCUUCUGUCUGCGGCCAAUACCAAAUCCGACGCCUGGAUCGCGAGAGCGAAUCAGAGCUCCACCCUCGAGGUCGCGGCGAAAGAAUAUCAACAGCGUUAUGGUGUGGCACCGCCUCCCAACUUUGAUAAGUGGUACGAGUACGCUGUCGCCAACGGUUCGCCCAUCAUCGACGAUUUCAGCCAGAUAAACGACGAUUUAUUCCCGUUUUGGGGCGUUGAGCCGAAGGUCCUGCGAGAUCGUACCAAGCAUUCCUUGGAGAUACCGUGGCUUGGCAUUGGAGGCAUUCGGAUUCGGGGGGGAAAGGUUAACGUGGCUCCCGGUACGCCUGGAUCCCACAUGUGGAUGAUGACCUCUAUGAAGAACAUGAUUGAGGACUUUGCCGAGCAUCUCCCCGACAUGGACCUUGCCAUCAACCUGAACGACGAGCCUCGCGUGGCGAUCCCUUUCGAAGACAUGUCUGGACUUCACGGCGUUGGCUUGGAAUCGAGGACGAAGCUCCUCAAUUCGGAGGAUCGAAAGACGUUUGACAGAUCCAAGUCAGCAGUUUGGGGUGAUGACGAUGCUGUUAAGGGACCUGAGCAGCGGUCACCCUUCUUCGAAGACCGCAUUCGAGAUCAAAACUACUACGACUUUGUUGCUCCAACCUGUCCGCCCGACUCGGCCGCCCGGAACACGAGAUGGUGGAGUCGUAAAGAGGCGUGCCGUGGAUGUCUCCUGCCGCAUGCUAUCCGCGUCUUUGAGGCGCUCGAGAACCCCGUUGUGUCGAACUGGACCUCAGCUACAGACCUCUGCCACCAACCAGACUUGGCAUACCUUCACGGAUUUCUAUUGUCUCCGGCGCCGGCCCUUUUCACCAGAGAUGCGUUUCCCGUGUUCAGUCAAAGCAGGACGUCAGGGUUUGCUGAUAUAUUGGUGCCUUCGCCUUGGAAUUACGACGACAAGGCCGCGUACGAUGAGAACGAGGACAUGGAAUGGAGCAAGAAGAAGAACACCAUGUUCUGGAGGGGGUCAUCGUCGGAUGGGUAUGCAGCCUGGGGCUCGUGGCAGGGUUUCCUCAGGGCUCGGUUCGUCCAAGCUGCAAAUUCGAUUAUGAGGGUUACGAAACUCCAACAGGAUGGUCGGACACUGGUCUUGGGACCGGAUGAUCUGCCAAAUUUUGAUGUUGGCUUCGUGAGCAGAUGGACCAAGUGUCACCGAGAGGACUGCCAAAGCGAAAAGGAUACCUUCUGGGGCAUCGGCCAGGACUCACCCGACAAGUCCCAGGUCCCCUUCACCGACCAUUGGAAGUACGCACACCUGAUGGACCUCGACGGCGCGGGAUUCAGCGGGCGCUUCAUCCCCUUCCUCCGCAGCAAGAGUCUCGUAUACCGCUCCGGCCUCUUCCGGACUUGGUUCAACGAGAGGGUCCACGCGUGGCGUCACUACGUCCCGGUCGAUGUGCGACUCCACGAGCUGUGGGAUCUCCUUUCGUACUUUGGAAUUGACACGGAAGGCAAGAGGCGAGCAGAGGCCAUUGCGGAAGAAGGCAGGGCGUGGAGCCGCAAAGCGCUCCGGAGAGAAGACAUGCGUAUCUACAUGUUUCGGCUACUGCUGGAAUGGGGACGACUUGUGGACGAUGAGCGAGAUCAACUUGCAUUGGAUGCAUGGCGUAACUUGGAUAAGAACUGGGCAUCCGGCGUAGCGGCUUUUGGCCACCUUAGGCACAUAAAUGAGGACAUCGCUGUUAUGUGGCACUUCAAGUUGGUUCUGUUCAGAUCCAUCAUUGCCGAGAUACCGCUCAUUCUAUCCGCUGACAUCCAUCAACAAAACAUAUCUAAUCUUCAGAUAAGCGCCUGCCUUCACAAUCUGCUUGGGCUUACCUUACUCCCAUUGGCACCUUGCAUUGAGGCAACCGCCGCAGCAGGCAAGAGGCCCGGCCGGCUCUUGACCGUAUUCAAUCAUGCAACAGGCUGGUGUAAUGACAUAACCGUGACCCCAAAAUGGCAAGUUACUGAUUUCUCACACACCGCGAAACUUCAGCCUGAUCACAUUUUCUUUCCAUCCUCCAAGGACACCGCAGGAACAGCAGGCGACAAAUUCUAUGGCAAUCUGGACGCGCCUGCGUGGGAAGAAACGACCUCCUCACGAAAGACAGGUAAAUCUAUUGCACGUACCGCUACAAAGAAACCAAAUGCAUCUCCUCACGGCAUCAUGAUCCUGGUCCCGCAACCGUCGGACAAGACAGGCUGCUUAGACAUUGUGGCCAUUCACGGGCUCAACGGUCAUCGCGAAGAGACAUGGACGGACUCCGAAACGGGAUUGCAGUGGCUGAGCGACCCUUCAUGUCUGCCGAAAGACAUGCCCACGGCACGAGUGUUGACAUUUGGCUAUAACUCCAAGACUUACUUUAGUCGAUCUGAAUCAGAUAUACCGGAUUUUGCCUCAGACUUACUCUGGGCACUGAAAACCCAGCGUACAAGCGAAGAAGAACAACAACGCCCUAUUGUCUUCAUUUGCCAUAGUCUUGGGGGUCUGAUUUUUAAACAGGCCGUAAUCAUGGCCCAUGUGCAGGAUCGCCACUACUCCUGUAUCUUGGACCGUAUUCACGGUGUGGUUUUCUUCGGCACCCCACAUCGUGGCUCAAGCCUAGCUACGUGGGACGAAAUCGGCACUCGCAUUGUCAAAGCUACUACACUCGGAUACGCGACCAAUAGCAAAUUAUCAAGCAACCUGAAAGUCGAUUCAAAGUUUCUGAAAAGUAUAUCAGAGUCUUUCGCAGCUCGUGGGGAAGAGUUUGAAGUUAGAAGCUUCUAUGAGACUGAGCGGAUGAAGGAACUCCAGGUCGUCGAGAAAGAAUCGGCCACAUUGAACUGGCCUAAAAAACUACCCAUUGCCUCGAACGCCAACCACUCAGCCAUCUGCAAGUUUCCGUCACCAGAAGACUCAAGAUACCAGGCUGCUUCUCUAGCUAUCCGUGAGGCGGUGGGAAAAUUGGGAUCAAGAAGUGAUGUUCGGUUCGAUCCGGCGGCAAUGGCUUGUCCAAGGAAAUUGAACUCAGAAUACGAAUACCAUCUUGGCCAGAUCGACGACCCGAUACCCAAGACUUGCGAUUGGGUUACAUCACAUGAGAUAUGGACUCUAUGGGGCUCGGUACCAGGCUCAGCCCUCCUAUGGAUCUCAGCCGAUGCUGGCUGUGGAAAGUCGGUAGUAGCGAAGUAUCUUGAAGGACUAGAAAAUCAGGACAAUGCUUCGUCAGCUGUUUCGGCGGUCCUUCACCGGCUACUCUCCAAACAAAGUCAGGUCAUGCAUCACGCCAUGGCCAAAUACCUCAGCAUGCCGAAGAGUAGCCUCAAUCGUUUUCCCACACUUUGGUCUAUUCUCCUAGCGACAAUGAAUGAUAGAAACACAAAAAGCAUGGUGUUUAUACUAGAUGGUCUAGAUGAGUGCGAAGAGAAGUCCUUGGAUGAGCUCGUCAAAGCUCUGGCGGACUUCUUCCAGUCUCGCAAAGAAAUAACCGCCGAAUCGAGACCAGCCUGCAAAAUCGUUCUCCUAAGCCGACCGCUCAACUCAGUCGAAAGCAGGUUUGGACUCCGGUCGGGUAAUGGUAAGCUUAACAUUGGCUCACAGGACAGGAAGAAUGGUUGCAGUUUCAGGCUUAGUGCCGAGGAAGAGAGUGUCUCCGUUGCGAAGGAUAUCGCUCAAUUCGUAAUAUCAAAAGUUUCGGAUCUUGGUCAGCAAUCAGAAUUGUCUACCAAAAUUCUUGAUCGGCUGAAAAAACGGCUUAUCAGCAAUGCUGAUUACACUUUCCUCUGGGUGUCUUUGGUCUUGAACAUCGUAAAAGAAGCUGAAGUUGACGGAAUUUCAAUGGAUCAGAUCGAAGCCAUCUUGGCCACUACCAGGCUCGAAGACGUUUACGACAAGCUUUUGUCCGGUCGAGCAUCACCUUUGAAGACCAGGAAGGUUUUACUACUCAUCCUUGCCGCCGUUCGCCCAUUGACUUUAGAUGAAUUAUGCGGAGCUGUGGAAGUCAAUCAAGACUACCACCAACAGCCAGAUACAAAAGAGUCAAAACGAGCUUUGAACCACUCAGAAUUGAGGCUCUCUGAGGAUCAUCUCGGAAAGCAGACGAAGGUGUCAGAGCUCGAGGCCUUCCAAAAGCCCAAAACUGCCAGGGCCACGACGGUCUUAUCACCAAACUCCUCAUCUUCCGCAGUCAGACCAGUGAAGAAGAAUACGAAACGAAGAGUCAUCACUAGAAACGGAAGCAUAAUGAGAUCAACAAACCUUACGCCGAAGCUGAGAAAUAUCGAAAGACGAGGUAUGACGGCUGCUUCCCUCCGGCCUAAGGCGAAUUAUGAUACCAUCAAUCGACAGCCAGCAACGCAGAUGCGAACGGUUUCUAAUCUGCAAGAGCUGCAAAGUUUUGUGCACAGGCCGUUCAUAAAUCAUCUACGCCAAAUUUGCGGCCAUUGUGUCAGGAUCCGCAAUCAGAAAAUAUAUCUAGUCCACCAGACAGCCCGCCAAUUCCUUCUGGAUAGAGACAGCGAGCUGGACUCCAGGAUGAUUUUUCGAUGGAAAAGGUAUUCUCUAGCCACAGACCAAGACAGGCAGAAACCAGGAAGCUCAGAGCUUGUCUCGCAAUGGCAACAUUCAAUUAAUCUGGCGGAUGCAAAUAUGUACAUGCUUCAACUUUGCGCUGAUUACAUCAAUUUGAUCUACGUUUAUCUCAAAGAGUGUCGCAACGAUCCUCGUCGGGCAUUCCUAAGAUACGUUUCACGUCACUGGCUAGACCAUUAUCGACCUCUCCUUCAACCAAACACUUCUCACUUCAACGCAUGGAUUAUCUCCCAUGAUUCUUGGGUGCCGGAAGGGCAACGGAGAGGUCUAGAAGCAUCGGGUCUCUCCCACCAGACGGGCCCUGGCAGAGUCGAACUACGUCAGGAUGAUGCCAACGCCGGCCCUUCGGAGAAGAGAGAACGGGAACUCCAAGCGGCUCUGCAACAUUUCAAUCUCAUGGGCAACGAGAUUGAUUUGUACGAUGAAGAGUAUAUUCAUGGGGAACGAUACUGGAAAGCAAAGGACUACAUGGAUUCAGGCGAUGCCAGCACCUCAGACGAAGAUGAGGAACUUGAUAAGGACUCGAAGGAAUCGAAGGCAACAAUUCCUGAUCGUAUGCAGUACUAUCGCCAACAGCAGAGUCAGCGGGUGGUCGAAAGCAUUGCCGAGGGUCGACGCGCAACUUCAGCUUCCAUGGCAAAUCCGAUUUCGUCUCAGCAGGCUCACGGCUACGAAUAUGAGUUUCACUUCAUUAAGAGGUUGAGAGUAUACAAUCCAUCUUACGUUCAACUUUUACCUACCGAAUAUCACGACUUACGUGCGAUACGCACCAUCUACCACACCAGCUCUGCUUCAAUCGGGGUUGUACUCAACGGCUUUCCACCUGCCUACUUCAGAGCAGCGCCUCCUGAGCUGCACAUCUAUAUCCCAGCGCCGGCAGUCAUACGGAAGCACGGGGAGCUCCACAUGAACACUCUCCUCUGUGACUUGGAGAUGGCGUCUCUGAGACGCGGGGUCGGAUUGUUGGGUGUCUCAGCCGCGACGGAUGGGGCUGGCGCUAGGGUGUCAGGUAAGGUGGUAAGCUACAGAUCGCAGUCCGGACCUGUGCUGAGGUCUCGUCUACAGAAAGUCAUGCAAAUCUACUUGCGGAGCAAGCCGGGAGACAUCAAGCGUAUUGCAGCACCUGACGAUGAAGCUGUUGAGAACGGCGGCAUGUCAGGGUGGCACGAGUGA